AUGCAAGCUUGGCAAUACAGCUCCAUCAAGGAGACACUAGAAAACUCCCUUACUCUCAACGAAAACGCGAUCCCACCAGAUGCAUCAUCGCUCUCCAAAGACCAUGUCCUCAUCGAAGUCAUCUCAGCGGGCAUCAACCCCGUUGAGUACAAGCUGCCCGAGAUCCCAGUCUUUGGCAAGUUCAUGCUCCAGCCGAACACGAGUCCAGGCUCAGACUUUUGUGGCCGAAUCCGUUCCAAAAACGGUGCCGACGGAUUCUCCGAGGGUCAGGUUGUCUUCGGGGCCUUGAGCAUCGGGACCAAGCUCCCGCGGUUUGGUAGUCUGGGUCAGCUCCUCGUCGCUCCCUCCUCCAACAUUGCGCCGCUCCCUAUGGGCGUCGACCACGACGACGCAGCUGCUAUAGGCACCGCUGGGUUGACGGCGUUUCAGUCUCUUCCAAAAGAGUCGUUGAAGCCAGGGUCUAAAGUCUAUAUCAACGGUGGAAGUGGCGGUGUUGGUUCCUUCACUAUCCAGUUCGCAAAGGCUGCCGGGGCCUAUGUGGUCGCAUCUUGUUCGACGUCAAAGGUCGAUCUUUGCAAACGUCUCGGGGCUGAUGAAGUUAUCGACUACCGCAAACUCAACGUUGUUACCGAACUCAAGAGAAAGGGGAGUGUUUUCGAUAUCGCUGUAGACAAUGUUGGCAGCACAGAGGGCUUGUACGAAAGCUUCUCGCAUUUCCUCAAGUCAGAGGGAGUGUUCGUGCAGGUUGCUAUAAUACUUUAA